AUGAGCAAACUCGCCCAUGGGGGCCCCUACCCUGGUCGAGAGGCCGACGAGGCGGCUACUCUCGCCCUCUGUAACAUUCAGAAGGCUGCCGCUCUACCGCACACGAGGCAGCAGGUGUCGGGUGUGCCACCGAGAGCCCCGCCGGUCGCAUCGCACGUGCUCGCGGUCCCGGCGUUGGCGGCCUCGGCGGGAGUUGCGGCGCUGGCCUCGACCACUCGAGAGGUCGAUGUGCCCCCGGUUGCCCCCCUGGCCCCAGAGACACAAGAAGAGCCCGUGGCUGCGCUAGCUGCGGCCACCGAGAUGGAGGACAUCGAUCUGCCCGACGCAAAUCUGGCUGAGGCAAUUGCCGAGUCAGAGCGCCGUGACACCGACCCUGACGCUGCCCGCGCGCCCAGAAAGCGCCGGGCUGUGACAAAUGACGAUUCCGACACUCCCUCUCAGACAUCUGACGCAGCGAGGCCGCGGAAGAAGGCCCCUAGGGCCUCCCGCACCUCCACCACAGAGUCUGGGACUACUAUCGCGGGCACCGCCACGCAGACACCGACGAAGACGACGCGGCGGUCCACUCGUUCACCUGCCGCCUCCCGGCAGCCUGACGAGGAUGCCAGUAAUACAACAGAGCCGGCGGCGGUCGUGGAUCCUGUUACUACCUCUGAAAAUGUUGCACUUAAUGUUAAUGACUUUCCGUCUUUAAAACCUGCAUUAACUGCUGAAAUUCCGUCCCGUGACAGCGAGAUUCCCACAAAAAAGCGUCCUCUAGAGGACACUGAAAGAAAUGUUGAUGAGGACUCUUCCUGUGAAACACCCGUUGCCAGGAGGCCGAAGCCCAGUCCUGAAGAUCUGUUGGAAGUGGAAAAAGGAGAUGGAAUGAAGGUCGAUGUGGCUCCCACUUCCGCACAAGGACUUACACCGCCACGAACAGAUAGUGACGCAGCGGGUAGUGAUUUUUCACGGAAAUGUGACCCUGAGCCUGAGGUCACGGCAGAAAUAACCGCAUCAAGUGCACAACCCAUACAGUGCGAACCGUACGAGGAAGUACCAGGUAAAGAACCUGCUGACUCCGAAGCGCAACGCCGCGCCGAAGGAGGAAAUACAUAA